UUGCCAGAGAAUCGCAGCUGCAUCAGUUCAAGAACAUUUUAUUGUGCGGGUCCAGUCAGGACAGAUACGUUCCCAUGCACUCUGCGAGAAUCGAACUGUGCAAGGCUGCAGCCAAGGAUGGCACAGUUAUGGGCGCAGCAAUGCGAGAAAUGGUGACUGGAAUCCUGCAGCCCAUCAUAGCCAAGCCGGACGUGACACUCGUGCGAUACGAUGUGCAUCACGCAUUGCCGGCUACUGCGAACGCGCUCAUUGGUCGAGCUGCGCACAUUGCGGUGCUUGACUCGGAGCUUUUUAUAGAGAAGUUUCUUAUCGUUUCUGCGUGGAAGUAUUUCGAAUAGCGGAGUUGUUUCGUUUUUGCACGGCGUGAAGUGGUCACGACUUGAAAACCCGAGAGCUUUCAAUCAUUGAGAUAUUUGUUGUUUUCCUCGACCAUUCCCGCGUUGGAUGGUGGCUUUUGAGUGGGGGAAACUAUGAACGCAAAGCGGGACUCGUUUGUUACUUGCGCGUGACGUUUGAAUAUGCCUACGAAUCUCUGCACUGUUGUUCUGCGGAGUACCAUUUACCUUGAAGGAAUUACCUCAGAUUACCAAUUGCAACAAAUGGACAAUACGAUUUACUGGUAGAAUUCUGUUAUGAGAACCAUUUUCAGUGCAAGAGAAAUUAAUGUUUUGAAGUUCUCGCAGAAGUUGGUUCGCGGAUGAAGCUAAGCUGAAGAGUAAAAUAUUAGUAGAACAAACCGAAAUUGUCCGACGUUCCAACUUUUUAGACUGAAGUAUUUUUUCCUGUACAUGCACGUAUUGCUCCAAAUAAUUUAAUUCUACAACCGCAAAAUAAGUGAAAGUCGAAAUGAGCUACUUGUUCAUGCUGGAAACGGACGGAAAAAGGGUUCCGACUUCUUGUCUGAGCACGUAGUUGUUGGACUGGGGAAAGUGCUGGAAGAGGUGAUAUGGCACAAUUUAGCUAGGCAACGAGUCCCCCAUCAGAAAAUCUUCGUUGUGAAAAUUCGAGUCAUUGUUGUCUUGAAAAUCCCAAUUCAAAGAAAUUUUCAGUGCUGCAGUGCAGAUUGUUCUCAAAGUUGGUGCAAGUUUGUCAUACCGGGA